AUGGGGAAGGCUUUCAUCGAAAUUGUGAUUCCUAUCUUGGCAGUGGGAGGUAAGAUGCUUCCAGUCCACUGCAUCGUAGAGCUUCUCGACACCCCGCCCGGUAAAGAUGGUGGGGAUGCUAAGAAGAGAGAGGAGGUGGAGAAGAGGAAAGAGGGAUAUGCCAUCGUGCCAUCAACGUUACAACUCAGAGAUCUUGUCAGGGUAGCCUUAUCCAAGCUGGAUUACCCACCGGAAAGAGCGAAAAAUGCAACAGGUGUUAUUCAGGUACGGAAUUGGAAGGCCUUGCCUUUUGCAUCAAUCACAGACAAUCAACAGUCAUCGGUAGGACAACUCUUUGGAGAUCUUCUCUCCCACAUCACACUCAAGAUAUCUGUAUUAUCAAGUGACGCCUCAAGUGCCAACUGCCAGAACCAAACGCCAGAGGACCAAAUCCGGAGCAGCAGGGUCGGAGGCAACGCCAACGGCAGUUUCCUCAGCCUGGGCAACCUUGGCAAUAGCUUCUUCCUACGGCGAGGCCUCGAUCUUCCUUUCGGGAUGAUGGCUAGAAGGAUGAAGGGUGGAGAGGGCAAGGGCGUCGGCAGGACUGCUCAUCCGGUGCAGGAGCUACGGAUCAAACUCCUGCAGGUCCUAGAGAAGAGAGGUCCUACGCUUCUCGUCAGCCAUGGAUGCCCCUUCUCACAGGUGACCGUAGCACAGAUCUUACAGGGCAAGUACAACAAACCUGUCAGCAUCGAAAAGAUCCAAGCCUUCUACCAGUGGUACAACAUCUACAAUGGCCUUACCGACAACACCCUCCUACCCCCGGACAGAGUGGACAGCUCCGCCCUACCGCGCAUCAGCUCAAAGCACUGGAGACGCCCUCGUACGCUCUUCAACCCUCGCACGGAGCUCCCUCGCCUUCUGCGGUGGUAUCGGCAGAACCCCAGACCGACCAGGGCAGAGAUGGAGGUCUACCUGGCCGAGUUGAAUGCCUCCGACUUCCGACGAAACGGGACCCCACUUCAGUACUCCUCUAUCAUGAUCUGGUUUAAGAACGCCAGGGUAAAGUACAGGCAUCUCUUGCGAUCAACUGCGAUCGCUCAGAUGAGAGAGGACAUGGUGUAUGCAAAGAAUUCAAAAGACUUGGUGAUUGACGAGAGCAUGAAAGAUAGUAGUGAUGAAGGAGAAAGCGACAUGGUGGUAGAAGAGAAGGAGAUGGAGGAGCAGGAAGAGGAAGGGGAAGAGGAACAGGAAGAGGAACAGGAAGAAGAGGAGAAGACAGAGCUUUUGGAAGCAUCAUCUUCAAAGAGCCCAGUCAGGAGUUCUGCAAAGAGUCCUUCCCGUAGUCCAGGAAGAAGUCCAGCAAGAAUGUUGCAUUUGAAAGUAGAACCUAUCACAGAGGGAGAGGACUCGGUAGGCAAUGAAAAUCAGGUUGCGUCAGUGGCGACCUCUGUAGCUAAACCAACCAUUUUGCCCUCAUUGUUACACAUGCACGCACGGCCGCAUCUGCAGCCUGUCAGUAUCGUAAGUAAUGGUUUGAUUGUGCCAAGCAGGUUACACAAUGGAUCUCACCAAGCCGAGACAGCGCUUCAUGUGCCAGACCUCCGUAAGAUUGCCUCUGGGUUUGGGAUAUCGCUGACCCCCGAGUUAGCAGCAGCUGCCCAUGCAAUGCCUAUCCCUGGUUUUACCCACCACCAUUUCCUGCAAGCUCUUGACUCUGUACACCACAAGGAGAGUCCUUCUAUUCGGUUAGACUAUCACAACAGUGCCCUCUCAGUGCCAAAGCCCACCCCGUCUCCCCUCACCACGCCUUCUGCCUCUCAGAGGCGGACCCCUACACCCCAGUCUUACAAACAUCAGUCAGAGUCGCCCAAACCAGAGAAGUCGCCUCAAUCCAACUCCUCACAAACCUCUACAUCUCCAGCCACCAGGGUUCCCCGCAAACGCUUUACCAUUGAUCCUACCUUCGAAGUGCCAAAGCUACAGUCGUGGUUCGCGAUCGACCCGAGGCCUGAUCGACAAACCAUCGAGAGAUACGUACAGGAACUGAACUCCAGUGAGUGGAGACGGCACCAGCCCAAGUAUAACAACCGAGUGGUGUACGUCUGGUUUAAGAAUGCACGUGCCAAAUAUUCUAAGAUGCAGGUUUCGUCGAGUGAUCGUGACCCUGAUAUGGAGAGGAGACAUCAUGAACUGAUGAGAAUGCACCAAGAAGCCCAGAUGUCGUGAAAAAAAAGACAGUGAGCUGUGAAAUUAUAACAGGGUGUUCAAGUAACGUAUUAAACUAUUCAUUGUCUGUUGAAAACAGAUAGCUGAUAUCUAGAUGAACUUGGAUAUGAUCAAAAUAGCCAGCUCUGAAGUUGUGCUCUUGACUAUUAAAAGAACGACAUGAAAACUUAGCUUCUGAUUAGUAAGCAGCUGUGUCAUGUUGUAGUGAGAACCAUUUUAGGUACUGCAUUCAAGCUAUGCUGUCAUUUUUUUCUUAGUUGUACACAGCAGUACAAUUUUCGUCAUUUUUUCUCAACAAUUUUCUCUUUAUUUUUGCAAUUCACACCCUCUUUGUUACUUCAUAUAUUUCACAUAGUUUGUGAUUACUAGUGAAUGGCACUCUAAAUAUUUGCUUUGAAAAGUGUUUUUCUAUGUGUACUUCAAGCCUAUUUUAUUUGUAUGCAUAUUGAAUGCUCUCAAUUAUGUGUUUAUGAGUAUAUUUUUUUCUUUCUGUAUCAUCUCACAGAAGAUCAUUCAAGAUCGACAUACCUCCAACCCCAGAAACUGAUAUUGCAUUCAAAAGAAUUAAAUAUUUGCAAUAUAAUUUGAUGUAGAGAUUAAUUGAUAAUUUUAAUGGCAAUGCUGAGGAUAAUGUAUGCAGUCAAACAUUUAAUUCAAUUUCAAAUAUCAUAAUUAGCCGUGUAAUUUUAUUUCAUGAAGUCCAAAAAUUCACUAUUCUAAUCCUAUCUAUCGAAUACAGAAUGCAACAACAGUUAUAUGGAAUGCAGUUAAAUGGGCAAAUUCUAACCUCAUUCUCGGUAGAUAAAACCAUUUUCUGUUCAUGAAAUGAACCAUGGCAGAUGUUAAAGCUUCUCAAUCAAGGGGAAGAAGACGUGAAAGGUUAAUUUGUAUUAUUUUUCAGGGACAAGAGGGUAUUCUUAACUCUGCUAAUUAGGGUAAAAGUUUAGUCUCUUCAUUUCCUCUCUGCAUAAACAAGAUAAAGCAAGAGAUAUAGCCUCUUGAGGAGAUGGAUCAAAAUCGUCUUCAUUAGAGUCCUUACGAGUGAGUGAGUGAGUGCGUGACUGACUGACAUUGUAAGGUUACGUCACUGCAGCUCGGUGGAAACAAACACAAUUUUCUUUUCCCCUGAAAUAAAGCAGAUUGCUCAAAGAUUCGGGGAGAUCAGAAGGACUUCCUGUUUUCUCUUUAUCCAGACUUUGAUGCGGAAUGUUUGCAAGGAGGAAGUGAGGGCUUAGGGUUACGAAACGGGGGGUUUGGAAACAAAAACUAAAAAGCCUGUCAGAAAGAAAAGUUUUGUGUCCCCUUGUGAUUUCCUAUUCUUACCUUGAUAAAGUAACGAGGAAAACUGGUAAAAUGUUGCAUUGUGAUUAACCCCCUAGCUGCCGGAGCAUAGCUUGGUGACCUUUGCAGCUGCUGACUUCAGUUUGGGAAUGAGAAUAAAAGAUUAGCGUUAUUUUCUCCUUGUUAGAUCACAGCCCGGUCAUUACCAUCCCACCUUUUCUUGAUGAUGCAACGUGUGCUUUUGAGAAGAUCAUUUUCGAUCCUCACCAUCCUUGAAAAGUGAAUUUAAAAAUAGGAAGUGUUUAAAAUUAAUCCCGUGUCUGGCAAAGGAUAGAAGAGAUCGACAGAAGCGAGUAUGGAGAUAGAUAAAUAAACGGACCAUCAGGCUUGCUAAUUCCUUUAAUAACAGAGCUAAAUAUGGCCGUUCAAAGCCGCCUGGCCUUGUUUUUCAUUUCACUUGUAUGCAAACAAGUGAAAAACAAGGAAUUUCAUUGAAGAGCAUUCUAAGGCUGAAAAACAGAUUAUGCAUUUGUUGAUUUGGAGGUGGUUUGGGGAUUAGAAUAACAGUCUGUGAGUCAAGCGUACAUUUUUCCCACUAUUGAAAUUAAAUGUUCUUCUCAUUCAAA